CGACACCUAUUUCGUACAAUGCUUCUGUAGUGAAACUAUUUUAUCGUACGCAACUCAUGUCGCAUGACACACGAGAUAUUCGCAAAAAAGCCUAUAAUAAUUUAACAGCGAAGGAACUAACGCACGAUUAACAUUUUAGCGAUGGACGUCGCGAUACCGGUUGACUAGGACAAGAAGGAAAACGCCAACGUGGCAUUGCUCGAGGACUCCAUCGCGGUGGCGCCGGAGAGAUAUCCGACUUCGGAAUGGAUGCAGUUCUACAUCAUCCUGAGUCGUGCUUUGCUCUUCAGUCGCAGAGAUUGGGCUCUCAUGUGGCUGCGGUUCUUCGCUCACAUUCUGGUGGCGUUGUUAAUCAGCGUGUUGUACUACGACAUCGGAAACGACGGCGCCAAAGUACUUAGCAAUCUGGGAUUCCUGUUCUUCAACAUGCUGUUUCUCAUGUAUACUUCCAUGACAAUCACCAUUUUAUCCUCCCCGUUGGAACUGCCUGUACUUUUAAAGGAGAACUUCAACAGAUGGUACUCUUUGAAGUUGUAUUACCUUGCAAUAACUCUCUCGGACAUACCAUUUCAG